AUGAGGCAAGAAGUGCAGCACUACCACCAGCUGCGGUCAGGCGUCCCACCGCCUCCAAAGGCCUUCAUGCCGUUCGCACAGGAGAAGAGGCGAUCGGUGGCCGCCGAGAAGCCGAAUGAAAACAACCAGCGUGUGAGCAGUCGCCUGGGUAAGAUGUGGCGUUCGCUCAGCGCCUUCGACAAGCAACCCUACCAGCGCAAGGCAGCCGCAGCUGAUGCCGUCCACCGAAGGAGAUACCCUGACUACGUCUUCGAUCAGCGCAGGGCCCACCAGAGCAAGGAACAGGAAUGUAUGCGAGGCUCAAGCACGAAGGGUGACAGUAGUAGCAGCCCAGAAGUUCCAUGUCCUUUGUUCAGGGUGGAGGUGGGUAGCCUGAAGUUUCAGCAGCCAUCAGCCGCCAUCAUCACUGCCGCUGAGAAACAAUCGUCGUGCAACCUGGGUUGCCUGUGGGCUUACAUCGGGCGCUCGACAGGACACGCCAUUUCUUUGGCCAACGGCCUCGGCAUCGCUGACUCGGCUGCACGGCCCUGCCACGUGUACCCUUGCCUCGCGUGA